AAGAAAGGAAAAAAUGAUGAUGUUUGAGGAGAAGUUUUUUAAGGCAUGCUGCGGGAGCACUAAAUUUGCUCAAGAAAUGAAAUUGGCCUCCCCUUUUACUUCCCUUGAACAAGCCGUUGCUGUCGCCAGAGAUAUCUGGUUCAACAAGGUUGAUGUGCAUGGUUGGCUGGAAGCAUUCUCAUCUAAUCCUGAGAUCGGGCAGCCGUCUUCCGCUUCUCACACCGCUGCUCAAUGGAGUAAGGGAGAGCAAUCCACUGCUAUAGCAACUGCUACAGGUUCCAGUUUACAGGAACUUUCUGACUGGAAUGCUCGAUAUUGGAAAAAAUUUGGUUUUGUGUUUCUAAUUUGUGCUUCUGGACGAACUUCUUUUGAAAUACUCGCUGAAUUGAAGAGACGGUAUGAAAAUAAGCCCAUAGUUGAACUUGAGAAUGCUGCUGAAGAACAAAUAAGAGUCACAGAGCUGCGUCUCCAAAAGCUCUUCUCAGCUAAAUCUAAAGCUGCAUCACAACUAGAAGCUUCAGGCCCGUCCUUUGUUUGGUGAGACAAAUGGAGAUGGUUGGGCAUUUCAGGGGUGUUCCAAUACAAAUGCGGAUGGGGAUGGAGAUUGUUGAUGCCUGGAAUAUGCUAGUUUCAAUACGGGGAAGUAUAGUCCAUGCAUCUGCUUUCUUUCCUUAUUUGAGAUCAGGGAGUCGCAAAAUAGAGAACACUUCCAUGUUCCUUUGCUCUUUUCACCAUUCUCAUUCACUACAUACCGACGCAGCUACAGUCUUUUUAAUGUAGUUUUUGUGCAAUUUCUCCAUUAUGUAUUAUAUUAUGUAUAAAAUGAUUGUUCAUCCAGUGUGUAAAAUGUAAUCGGGUAGUUGAGAGAGACGGUCGCACUAAGGUCCAAGGGGGCACUGGGCCCUGAAAUUUAAAGAUAAAAUAAAGACUAUAUUAAUUUUUUGGCCUAA